AUGAUAAUAAGGUCCAUGUGCUACUGGCAGCCGCCACCAUUAAGCUGCCCGAUUGCAGAGGCCUUAUGUCGCAACAUAAAUAUAUCGGUUCGCAUUCUAGUCACCGAGCCAGCAGAGAAGUUGAUUAUCGGACAGAGCUCGAAGCAGCCGGUCCUCGAUAAACUACUUCAAAUAGAUGGAGUGGACGCUAUCUACCAGGAUGAAGAUGAAUGGUCUCCGUCGUGGACACGCGGGGGACCAGUCCUGCAUAUUGAGUUGCGCAAAUGGGCGCAUAUUCUACUGGUUGCCCCAAUGUCUGCAAAUACUAUGGCGAAAAUGACCAAUGGGAUCGCCGACAACCUGCUUCUUUCGGUCAUUAGAGCCUGGGACACCACUGGAGUAGUGGAUAUGGGAUUCAAAUCCCAGAAAACUAUGGUGUUUACAGCAUUGGAUAUGGACUCUUGUACGUAUCGACAUCCAGUGACCGAGAAGCAGCUUAAAGUCCUACGUGAUGAGUGGGGAUGGAGUGAAUCAAACCCAAAAGGCUGGGUGACUGUGUUGCCCCCCAUAGAGAAAAAUCUGCACAGUGGGGAUAAUGACAUCGGAAACAUGAUGGACUGGAGAGAUAUCGUCACUGUCAUCCAAAACUACGUGGCGGGAUUGGCACAGAAGCCGUGA